AUGUGGUUUGAUAAGUUUCGACAUCCGUUCGCCCUUGAAGUUUGGACCCUGCUGACCUUGGCCCCCCACGAACAAAUCGGGUAUCUGACACCCAAAUGGGGGGAUGUGCAUCAAGGAAAGUUGCCUCCAUCGCAGACUAAGAAAAAGGCUCCGGUGGUCAAGAGAAUAGGAGAGAAACGGAGAGACAUUUCUUCAUCUGAUCGCAGGCUAAGAACACCUAAUAGUAUCGGUGCCACCGAGAGGGCAUCCAGCCCACCUACCCGACUAAGUAAUAGCAGUGGCUGUAUUUCCCGUCUGGUUAGUGGCACUUGA